CACUUACUUCUCUUCCACGAUACCCUCAAACUUCCGCUCACACCUCGUCGAUUCAUUUCUCUGGGGUCCGAUCUCUUUUUUUUUCUGGAGAACGUGUUGUAUGAGGAUAACGCAAAAUCACCUGCCCAACAUGAGCCCGACCGACGAAGAGCUCGACCGUGACUGGCAGCCCAAUGGCCGGCGCCCGCAGUCUACCAUUGCUCAAUCGUUCAGCCAAGAGCUUAUGGAUAUCUUCCGGAUCGAGAACAGCAUUGCCGACCUGGACGAGCAGGUGGAUAGGCGAAAACAGCAGGUCACGACAGGCCAGUCCGAGCUGGAGGCCCUCGAAGCCAGGAUCAAGGAGAUGGAGGACCGGCUGAAGAGCCGGCUGCCGGGCGCCUCGGGCGGCGCGAGCCCGCGCGCUCAGCGACAACCCGCCGCCGCCGGCGUCUUCGGCCAGCCGCCGCUGGCACCGGCCGAGAAGGACGCCUCGCAGCAGCCGCGUUCCCGCCCAGGUACGGCGAAGCCAGCCCAUCAAGCCCCCGGCCACGGAGGGGCCAUGCCUCCGACUCCCACAGCCAGCGAAGGUGAAUACGUGCUCGUCAAUCAUAGCUCCUCUGGUGGUGCCGGCGCCCUCGGUCCCCGAAGAUUUGCUGACUGUGUCUUGGUCUCUAAAGAUGGCGACCGCGAUAACUAGGUCCGCGAACCGACCCGGUCUCCCGUAGCUGUUCCCGCCCGUGCCCCCCUUCCCAGAUGAGACGAGUGGUUUCUUUCGCUCUGGCCUCCAACCGAUCCCUUCCCCCCUUAUUAUCCUCCAGACCCCGCGGCGACAAAAGGUACAAGAAGGGAUCCGUAUGCACGUACGUACUCGGCCGCGGCCCUCAAUCCUGCGAGCUGAAUAAGGACUGGAAUAUCAUCAGAGGCGGUGGCUGGCUACUCGGACGCACGCAGCGGGCGGAUCAGUCCAAUCGCCGGUUCUGGGAUGGCCACGAGCGACCCUGAGUCCGGCGCAAACCGACUCAUCGCCGGAAGGCAGG